UUCAUGAAUGUCUCCACUGUCACUGAGUUCAUCUUCCUGGGUAUCUCCUGCUCCCACUCCAUCCAUCUCCUUUUCUUCCUCCUGGUCUUGGUCUCCUAUACCACCAUUAUGUUGGGCAACCUUCUCAUCGUGGUCACUGUGAACACAGAGCCCCGCCUCCACCAAUCCCCGAUGUACUUUUUCCUAGCUAGUUUGUCCGUCAUCGACUCUGGCUUGGGGAGUGUGGCCGCCCCAAAGAUGAUGGCCGACCUGGUGACCUGUGACAGAACCAUUUCCUUUGGGGGCUGCAUGGCCCAGUUCUUCUUCCUCCACUUUCUGGGCGGUUCGGAGAUGCUCCUCCUCACACUCAUGGCGUACGAUCGCUACGUGGCCAUUUGCCAACCCCUGACUUACACAGCCACAAUGAACCGCCCGCGCUGUGUCCGGCUGCUCGUUUCAUGCUGGGUUGGAGGCUUCGUCCAUUCUGCGAUCCAACUGGUCCUGAUCCUCCGGCUUCCAUUCUGUGGCCCAAAUGAGCUGGACAGUUUCUACUGUGAUGUUCCUCAGGUGGUCAGGCUGGCAUGCACCAAUGCCUAUGUUACGGAGCUCCUCAUGGUGGCCAACAGUGGCCUGCUCUCCCUGGUCUCCUUCCUCAUCUUGAUGGUCUCCUAUGGUGUCAUCAUAGCAACUCUGAAGGGUCAUUUCAAGGAGAGGGGAGGGAAGGUUCUGUCCACCUGCAGCUCUCACUUGAUGGUGGUUAGCCUGAUUUUCGUACCCUGCCUUUUUGUGUAUCUCAUACCAUUCUCCAGCUCCAGGGUGGACAAGAUGGCUUCAGUAUUCUACACUGUCAUCACGCCUGCCCUCAAUCCUAUCAUAUAUUCUCUAAGGAAUCAUGAAAUGAAGGAGGCUAUGGGGCGGUUGAAGAACAAGUGCAUUUUCUGCCAUUCUCGUGUGAAGGGAGAACAAAACUGA